AUGGUUGUUCUCUCGAGGAAGCUCACGGAGAGCAUGUGGGGGUUGGUCCACGAGCACCCGCGCGCCGCCGCGGCCGGCGACGCGGCGGAGGAGACCCAGGAGGAGGCGGGCGGCUCGGAGGAGAGGCCCGGCGGAGGGCGAGGCGCCCAUGCGGGCGCCGGGCCAGCGGGCCGCCCCGGGGCCAAGGCCGGGCCCAAGGGGCCCCCGCUCGCCAACCCUUACCCGGCGGGCAAUCGCCUUGCAGCUUGGGAGGCGCCGAGCGCCAUGCGCGCCCCCGAGGGCCAGGGCGGCCGCCGCUUUUGCUGGGGUUUCUCCACGCACCAGGGGCGCAAGAAGAGCGCGCAGGACUGCCCCCAGAGCCGCCGCCAGUUCACCGGCGCAGCGGGUUUGGCGUUGGAGUGUUUGGCCCAGCUGAUCCGCCGGCGGUCCGCCGAGAUGUGGGCGCGAGGGCGGGGCAACUCCGAGCGCGAGCCAAAGCGGGGAAGGCUGCCGAGUGAGCAGCUGGCGCUCAAGGACGCGGCGGCGUGGUUUGACGUGCGGGGGCGUGAGAAGAUCCUCCAGGACUACAGGUCGGGGCCCGACCGCGCGCGGCUGGAGGGCCACCGCCCGGCGCCGCGGCCCGCGCCCGUGGCGUGGCCCCCGAGCUCGACGCGGACGGGGGGGGCGCGGCACCGGGCGAUGCAGGAGCUCGACAGCGAGGGCAUCUUCGAGAGCCACCGUGGGUCUUUGCACCUGCAGUCCCGCAUCCGCAGUCGGGCGCUGGAGAAGCGGCUGAAGCAGGAGGCUUUUGACGCGUGGGAAGCGGCCGGCGCUGCGGCCCGCAGCGGCGGCCGCUGGCUGGGCAGGCCGCGCAGCUGCUGGAGGAGGAGUUCCCCCGGGGCCGCAGAGGCGUCGGCGGGCCUGAGGGCUCCUCGGUGCGGGUCGAGCCCGCGCGCUGGCCUGCCCAAUGGGGGCCCCGGGGAGGCUGCCGGGUGCCCGCUGGCCCUGCGCCGUGACUGCCGGGGCAAGCUCCGCCUCGUCGGCGAGUCCGGCGCGGAGUUGGCGACCCGGCUGGGCUUCGACCCCGGCGAGGCGGAGGGGCGACAGUGCGUCGUCCUCAGCGCAGCGGCCGCUGCGUUGCGGGCCACGUCGGGCACGCCACACGCCCGCGAGGAGGUGCAGGAGGACUUCCGCUACUUGGCCGCCUUCGGGGCGGCGACGCUCGAGGCCGAGGGGCCCACGGAGUGCAGCAGCCAGCUCGCCAAGUGCGCCCGCUGCCAGGCGGACCGCCGCUGCGCGGAGGCAACGGGGAGGGCGGGCCUGCGAGCCGCGGGGGCCCAGCCCAGCCUGCGGCUGCAGCGGGCCGUGCUCCAGGAGGGUGCCACGCGUCUCGACGUGGACGGCCUCGAGACCGGGUUCCUGGGGGCCUUCGCCCGGGGGCGGGUGCUCCAAGAGAUCUACGCCGGCAAGGUCGAGGGGGAUCUGCGCGGCACGUUCAUGGCGGAGGCCUUCGAGGGCCUCGACGACGCAGGCGCCGUCAUCUUCCCCGUCAGCACGCGCAUGUUCAGCCUCAAGCCCGAGGGCGAGCUCGAGGCGAGGCAGCCGGCCAGCUACGAGGAGGACGUCCGGGAGACAUACUCGUGGACGGAGGGACGCGCAGGGGAGGCACCGCUCGCGAGACUCGCCGAGGACUAUUUGAACGCGUGCAAGUCGGAGCUAUUUUCAUCGGAGGCGAUGGCGCAAUUGAUGACCGCGGGCGACGCGCUGGCCCGGAAGCUGCUGGACGAGCGCCUGCUGAGCUACCUCGGGCGCGUGGCCACGGCCCUCAUGUGCUCGAGCGAGAGCGACGCCUUCCUGCGGGGGGUGGUCGCCUCGCCCUGGGGCAGAGUGACCGAGCUCAGCCCGGGCAGGGCGAUCAGCCCGGACGGCCGCUUCGUGCGCGAUCGCCGGGCGGUCAACCUGACAGGCAGCUUGCAAGUGAAGGUGGCGAGGGUUCGAGGCCUGAUCGUCGACUUGGUCUUUAACCCGGGCAAGCGGUGCGUGACCGUCUACAGCCAGCAGGUCCUUCACGGCCUCCUUCAGUUUUGCUGCGUCGGUUGCAGCGCGUUGCGCCCGGAGCGGGGGGCCAUCUCGCGCCUGCUAGCCACCGGCGACCAAGACAGGGGGAUGGCGGACCCCAAGGGCGGCGAGCUGGAGAAGAGGCUGACGUGUUCCGAGUUCGACGAGGCGCUGGAGACGGUGAAGGUUUACACGGAGGCCCCCGAGACCUGGGGGUCGCAAUUAACGUCGGGCUUGCUGGGCUUCCUGGCCCCGCGUCAGAGAUGCGGCGAUUGGCAGGCGAGGGUGUACGGGGUGGUUGCUCUCGCCGAGGUGGCGGGGCCCCUGCAGGCCUGCGCUGGCGAGGAGCAGCAGGAGGUCAUCAUCGCCAUCGGGGAGCUGCUGUGCAUCGUGCUGUUGGCGGUAUCCCCGAUGGAGGCGCGGGGCGGCCGCCGGUGCGUCGCGGACAUUGAGAAAGCGAGGAUCUGGCUCGCCAAGCGGCGCGCCGGCAAUGGGCUUGCCAGGUGCGCGUUGCGGGUGCUCCAGCUCGCCGAAACGCGGGUCAACUUCCAGAUUGUCGCGGCCGGCACUGGGCGAAGCACGCAGCUGGCGCGGAGGCACCAGGGGGCAGAGGAGGCGGCACGCCCGUUGCCCCAGCUGCUGGCGGGCGUGGAGGUGCACGAGUGGAGAGCGGGGGUCUCCAGCCACGCCCGAGCGUCGGUCGCGCGGGGAGCCCGGGCCAGCCCAGCUUGGAGGGCCCGCUUGACGCCCCCCGUCGGCGGCCUGCGCGAGGUGGACGAGCCUGCUGGGGCUCUCAGCCUGGGAGGGGUCCCCUGCGCGGCCCUCGCGGCCCUCGCGGCAGACGCGGGAGGCGGGGAGAUGCGCCGCGUGGCCCUCGUGGCGCAGCAGAUCCGUGGAGCAGCCCCAGACGAGAGCGCCGCCUUCCUCGAGGUGUGGCAGCUCGCGGGAGGCUCCGUGCAGGACUGGAUGGCGGCGAUCGACGCGGGCGUCGAGCUCGAGGACCUGCUUGGAGCGGUCGCGAGGGGGCUUCCCCAAGGGGCGGCAGGGGCGCUGCUGGAGGCAGCCGCGCGGGCGCUUGACGGAGCAGGCCUCCAGGAGGCCCGCGCCGGAGUCGGGCUCGACGCGGAGGGGGGCUUCACGCGGGAGGCGCUGGCGGGGUGCGAGGCGGCCGCGGCCGUCGGGCGCGAAGCCUGCCCGCGCGGGGGGGCCUCUCGCCGAGCAGGCGCGGGCGGCGACGAGAGGGGCGCGGGGGCGCUCGCGAAGGCGCGCCCGUUCUGCGACCCGCUGGAGAUCGGGCGGGGCCACGAGAGAACCAAGCUGAAGUUCCUGAUGGCGAAGCUGUCGGCUGGCACGAGGGUGGGCUACGAUGGCGCCUGGAGGCAGUGGGCGCUGUUCUGCAGGGCGCGCGGGCGGGGCCACUGCGCUUGCUGGGCGGCGACGCCCGGGCCCGACGUCAGGGUGGACGUGGGCGACAACGCUGGGGAGUGGGCCGCGCUCGCCUUCUUCCUCCUGAGGGCCAGGGAGUACGUGGCGGUGGACAGGGGCAGGCUGUGCAACAUGUACUCCACCAGCCAGCCGAUCGACCACGCGGCAGCGCUGGCCCGGCUGCAGCGCGUGCACCCCGAGCGCUGGCAGCAGGAGAAGGCGCAGCCACUUUUCCGCCUGGCCUCGGGCCGCAUGCUGAGGCAGAAGGGCAUGGCCGCCAAGAUGCUGCAGCCCGACGGGAUGCUGGUCGGCGCGGGCACGGUUCCGGAGGGGAGAGAGGAAGUCCAGUGCCAGAGCGCUGACAAGAGAGUCGUGAGCGCAGGUGCAGACCUGGACCACGGUGGCGACGUCCCGCCCAUCGUGGAGGCGACGCGGAACCUCAACGGCGACGCGGUGACCGCCCUGCUCGAGGGCGGGGCGACCCCCGACGGGCUGCACGACGCGGUGGCCAAGGCGCCGAUCCCCAUCAUCUCUCAGCUGAUCGAGGCGGAAGCGAACCCCUUCAAGAAGGACAGGGACGGGAAGUCCGUCAUGGAGGUGGCGCUGGCCCGAGGCGACGAGGAGAUCACGACCAUGCUCCGCAACUUCAUCGGGGAUCUGCAGAGGAAUAACCACCCGCACUGCAAGACGCAGCAGGCGAACAGCGUGGACUUCGGGAAGGGCCACGAGACGGGGAAGUACGAGGGCAACCUGAGGCGCUCGCGGACGGCGAACGCGAAGACGUCAGAGCAGGAUCUCGGCAGGUGCAGCCGGAUCUGCGGCCGCCGUUUCGCCAGGUACCACACGGAGCGGGUGCAACCAUUUUGCCGCCGCCUCCAGACGAACAAGGUGUUUGAGCUCUCGAUGUUCGUGGUCUUGAUUGUUGCCCUCUUCCUGCCAGAUGUCUGGGUGUUGUUGGACAUCAACAGCGAUCAGGCCUUAGACACAUGCCUGACUGUCAUCAUGGCCGCUUUCUUAAUGGAACUGCUGGUUCAGAUGAUUGGAUACCCAGACACAUACACGUUCUCUUUUUUCUUUUGGAUGGACUUGAUCGGCCUCUUCUCUGUGCCCAUGGACCAUUCCCUCGUUGUCAACGCGCUUCCCACGUCCCUUGACAACGCUGUAGUGCUACGUGCGGCGCGCAUGGCGAAGCUGGGGGCACGGGCUAGUAGGUUCACGAAGUUAGUCAAGUUUCUCCGGUUCCUUCCGGGGAUGAAGGAGACGGCCAAUGCUGGUACCGCCAAAGUGAUUUCACGGUCUCUAAAUAUGUCUCUUUCGACCAGGGUGUCGUGUCUAAUAGUGUUGAUGGUAAUCGUGCUUCCCUUAUUUGAAUUGGCUGCGUACCCACAAUACGAUUUCUCUAUGGCGAUGUGGCUGGACCUUAUCCACGACACUGCCCACAUGUAUCCAGACGAAGUGCUUGAGGUUGUUGGAGAUUUUGAGGCCUUCUACCGCGAUAGGUCCUACUUCCCGUUCGAGAUAGUGUGGGACUACCAGAACGGCACCACACCGUCACUCGCGCUGUCCGGAGGCCCCCCAAACCACCGCCGGAGCGAAAUCAAGGUAAAGGGGGAGGCUGGGAGCACUUACGCGAUGUUCAAUUUCAGAGGGGUUCACAAGGUCGACUCUAUAUGCAACGUGCUGCUCAUCCUCACCAUUCUGGUCUUGAUGCUGGGAUCUGGCCUGGUGCUCUCCAACACGGUGUCCUCCAUAGUGCUAACGCCGCUGGAGGAGCUGCUUGAGAACGUCAAGAAGAUAGCCUCCAAGAUUUUUACCUCCGUCGCGUCGAUGGAGAAGGGGAGGAAGAAGUCGAAGGACCAAGACCAGGAUGCCGAAGCCGGUGGCGGUGGGCUCGGUGCGGAGACGGAGCUCCUCGACCGCGUGCUCAAGAAGCUCACGGCGCUCAGCGAGAUCACGGUGAAGAAGUCUCCGCUCGACAGCGAGGCCAUGGAGCGCCUGGGGGAGGCGGACGCCGAGAUGCUCAAGAGCUACACGGUCCCAGACCACGGGGACAAGUACAGGGACGAGUACAUGGAGGCCGAGGACGUAGCGUCCAUGGCGGACCUGCCAGCCAUGCGGACCAUCCAGCAACAGCUCAGCGACGCGGACGUCUCCUGGAGGGCGCUCGACGACUGGGACUUCGACGCGUUCAAGCUCAGCGACGCCCAGAGGCGCGCAGCAGUGGGGGCUGUCAUCGUGAUGCGGCACGAGCAUAUCUCCGAGGGCUCCUUCCUGGGCGAAUGGGCCAGCACCUGCGCGUGCUUCGUCGAUGGUGUGCUGAAUGGCUAUACCAGCCCAGUCGAGGUGCCGUACCACAACUGGAUGCACGCCGUGGAUGCCACUCUGUCGAUGAAUGUGAUGCUCGAGCUCUGCGUCACGGGCUUCUACUUCACGGCCUACGAGCGGUUCGCCCUCGCCGUGGCCGCCGUCUGCCAUGACAUUGGCCACCCUGGCAUGAACAACCAGUUCCUCAUCCAGACGUUACACCCGCUUGCCGUCCGGUACAACGACAUCUCGCCGCUCGAAAACUUGCACUGCGCCACGCUCUUCGAGCUGGCAAGCCGGCCAGGCAUGAUGAUCUUCGGGGACCUCGAGAAGGACAGGUACAAGGAGGUGCGGCACUACAUCAUCGAGGCCGUUCUGGCCACGGACUAUUCUCGGCACUUCAACUUGGUCCAGCAGGUCGAAACUCUGUACGAGAUGAACAAUGAACUCUUUGACACCUCCGACGAGAUGUACAGGAUGGGCGCGUCAGCCUUCCCCUCGCGGGAGGUCGUGGACUUCUUCCGCGGCAAGGACGUCAAGCGGCACAUCCGCAUGAUCUUUUUGCAUUACUGCGAUGUCUCGAAUCCGAUGAAGUCGUUCGACAUUGCGCAGUCGUGGGCGGACCUCAUUCUCGAGGUGACUUUCAUCGAGCUUUUCGUUGCACCGAUGGCGAUUGCCAUGGUGAGGCUCAUACCGGAUCUCCGAAUCACUGUGGAUACUCUGCUGGCGAACUUGGAGAUGUGGUUUGACCUCUGGGUCCGCGACACGGAUCCGCCACCGUCUGACGAUGAGCGGGUUCGCGUCAUGGAGCGCAUCGUGAAGCUGCAAGCUAUGUACCCCUACUUUGACCCAGAAGGCGCCCUCAGCCAGCUCUUGCCCGCCGGGUCCAUGGCGCCGUCCGGCUGA